AUGUCCAGUAAGCGGGCUUUAGAUGGUUUCUAUGUCAUCGACCAACAGGCUGGAAGUGAAUGGGGCUGCAGCGAGGAAAAGAUCGCCGCGUUGGAGGGAGCCGUCAGAGAUACGCAAGCAUUGGCGUUCAUGGCUUCUACCGUACUUGCUGAAAAAGAUUCUGAGUUCUCUGACGCUUACAUCUUUUGGUUUGGUGAGGACAACACCAAGGCCGCCACAAAGAACUCCAUAAAGACACUUAACUACGACCCUGUCCAAGAUUUUCUCAAAGCCCCAGGCGCACGCAACCGCGUCGAUGAUAUGAGAAUAGACAACCUCAGCCCUACCGGGCUUACGUACAUGUGCGCUGCUGCAGAUGACAGCAUGUGCGCCGGCGGGAUGGCUGCAGCGGCUCACCAACAUGGAGCCGGAGGAUUAUCAGGCCACUCCAUUGUCUUAUGUGACAGGUUCUUCGGGGCCAACUCACAGCAAGACAUGUUGCGGACUUGGAAGGACACGCGAAGACUUAGCGCCUCCUCCGGCUUUUGGUUGCUACACGAAGUACAGCACUUGGGGGCGAUCGUAAGUGAUGGCCGACGAUGCGUCGAUGUUCCUGAUCCCAAUGAAACAGAUGGCAGCGGCUGCUAUGACGCAAACUGCUGUUCGAGGCUCAAAGGCGCCGAUAAAAUUAGAAACGCUCAAAACAUGGCGUUCUUUGCAUUGGAGGUCAUGGCAGAUCCCCAGAGUGGUGCAGCACCCGGACAGUCAUGCACCAUCAUGAAGAGAGACACAGGCAGCGUCUUGCUCGGAGGGCCUGAGGACCUUAUGGCCAGAGCAGAUUACAGCCCAGAUGCAAAAUACGAGGCGAUGCUUCGUAGGCAGGCUAAGGCAUCGUCAACUUGGAUCACUACACACCGAAAUGGCACAAGCUCUCGUGUCUCGACCGCUCACUCGAGCAAAUUACUCUCGCCAUCUUCGAAGAAGCCUAACGGGUCGGCGUCGGCUUCUCGUUCAAAGCCUCCUGUGCCUCCUGUAUCUUCGAGACCUCGAUCCAAUGACGCAGUACGACCAUCAUCGUCCGGACCUCGAUCAAGCAACCCAGUGCGGCCAUCAUCUUCAGCACCUAAGUCCAGCAACCCAGCGCGACCACCAUCUUCAGGGCCUCGAUCCAGCAACCAAAGACCUGUCUUUACCACCAGGCCACCUGUCCCAGUGAGCUCCUUCUCAGGCGCUUCAUUCUCGUACUCGUACUCUACAGCCCCGCCAACGACUGAGGAAGGUGGAGUUCCUAUUGUCCCCAUUGUUCCAAUCCCCAUACCUAUUGCACCAGUUGCGCCAGUCCCCCCGAUCGUACCCCCAGGCGGUGGUGGUGGCGGCGGAAAUGGCGGUGAUAAUGGCAACAACGGUGAGAACUCGAAGCCUGCGGAAUCAAAUCCUCCGAUGACCUCAGAGCCUCCAUCCUCUCCUACGUCGUUUCCACCUACAUCGUCCUCGAGGCCACCACCUACCUCGUCGGAACCAGCCACCCGAUGUUCUUCUAGACCACCAUUGUCAGUACCCACUGGAGGCGAUGCAUCACCAGACAGAGAUGGGUUCCCUCAGGCAGUAUACGAUGGUCUUGCCGCGGAAGCGCGUAGCACGAGCAGAGCGAGCAGCUCGAGCUCUACAUCCUCGCCACUCAUGGUUAUCACUGACGUGCCCGAACCUGAGACAACCGUUGAGGUGACGCCUACUGCCACACCUACUGCCGCUCCCGUCAACCCCGUUGCUUGCUACAACUUUGACAUUAAUGCCUAUGGAUACUGUUGUCCUGGCCCGGGUAACCCAUGUGAGAAGGAUCUUGGAAAGUGCUACUUCAACGGAGAGGGCGUCUCUGGGGGUGCGAGUGGAAUAGUGCCGGACGGAGCGCGCUGCCCGCCUCCUCCUGGUGCUGAAUAUUGCAGAGGCCCUUGCGAGGAGUAAUACUAUCAAAACAGGCGCUAAUAACCAUGGCCGUUUCCGCGCGGCCUUUCUGGGAGUCUUCCUUGGUUUUACCAUGAACCGCAA